UGGGGAUUUUACAGCUGAUUACAUAUCUCCUAAUAUUGUGAAUAUUAUAGAAAAUUGAAGAAACUACCGAAAGUCCGGUUAUAACGAAAAGGAUACAAAUAUAAAAACAAUUGCCUUUGGCUCCCAGUUUAAUUUGUCCCAUGGAAAAUGCUAUCCGAUGACACUGUAGAUAACGACGAUGAUACAACUGUGAUUCAAGAAAAGCUUAUAAGAACUAAAGGAAAAUGUAAAAAUUUACGUCCUAAUGAUAUAUAUGUUGAAGUAAAAACAAGAAAUCGUUCCGGAAAAUGCAUGGGUGCGAAGCAAUCGCAAGUGCGGUUUCAAUAUUCAAUGGAGCGAAGUGACAGUGAGAAACCUUCAUUGUUUUAUAACACUAUUCAAAGUGAUAUAUGGUACCACAUUGCAGAUCAUAUUCCACCUGAAUAUGUUCAAACUUUCGCUUUAAUUUGCCGUCAAACGUCAGACCUUGUAAAUACGCGAAAGUUUUGGAAUAUGCUCUACAAAAAGUAUUGCUUGAAAUCGAAUGCUAACGACAAUUGGUUACUUGCACUGCCUGCCCGUGUGAUAGAAUCACUAUUUUACACAUACACACCAUUAUCAGAACGUUUAAAACAAGGAUACUCACUAGACAAAAUGUUGGGUUAUACCUACGUGUCUUCUUGGCAUGAACAGGAGAAUUGUAUUUGGAUUAUGUGCUAUAAAUUUCUACAGAAAAAUAUAACUGAAAAGAGGGGAGUCAAAAAUUUAACUGAAUUAGUUUCAAUUGAUACCGAAACAGAUGACUGGGAGACAUUGGCGGAUAAUUCAUCGUGGUGUAAAAACCAGUACAAGAACUCGAAAGAGUACAUCAAUGAUGGAGUUAGUUUACUAGUAAUACGUUGCGAACGCUUCAUACCAUUUCCCAAUCAGUUACUUUAUGAGGGUGGAGGAUCGCGUGUAAUAUUGUUAGCCACUCGGCAAAUGCUUGCUAAAGAUAUGUGCGGCUUAAAUUUAGAAUUAGAUUUUGGAGACACUUCAAGUAAAAUUAUCACAACUGUGAAAUAUCCUCAAGUUACAAGUUGUAAGGCAUAUCCUUGGUGGCAUCCCGAUUUUCGUAAAUACGUAAAAGGAAAUGAAUUUCCUAAAAAGACUACUUAGUAGUGCAAAUUUAAUUGUACAGUGUAUAUUACUUAAUAUUUUUAUAAUAAAUAAAAGAAAAACUUUAAAUUUA